AUGGAGGUUUGUGUCAUUUCCAAGUGCACAUAUAAGUCCGAAACCAUCAUGUUUUCAGUUUCAGAAAAAUCAUCCAUGGUUGAUGUUUCGAAGACUUUGUGUCUAAGGUUUAGGGGUUUGCAGUUGGGUAGUUUCACGUUAUGGUAUUCGCUGCCCGGUUAUUCUAGUUGUUUACUAGAAACGGAUAGUGAUUUAGAUAUGAUGAUGGCAUAUUUGUCGAUAUCAAAUGCGAAGACUAUGAAUAUUUUAGUUAAGGAUUUAUUGGGGAGCGGUGAGUAUAGUGGUGAUGUUUGUGCAAAUAAGGAGUUGAUAUCAUGUGAAAAGGGCGAGUCUUUGUGUUCUAGUACUGUCGAAGACAGAAAUGAAUUUUUGGGCAGGUCGAAGAGAGCAAGUGCUAAGCCUUUGUUGUCAAAUGAGUGGGAGAUGUACAUACAUCAUGUAGGGCAGAAGUUUGACGGUGGUGCAGAGGAGUUCCGGUUGAAAUUGUGCAAGUAUGCUCUUGAAGCAGGAUUUAAUUUUUUAUAUGCCGACAAUGACAAGAAGCGAGUGAUUGUUGUUUGUUCGAAUAAGAAAUUGGAGGGUUGUAGUUGGCGUGUUUAUGCUUCUUGUUGUGAAUCUACCGGCUGUUUUGUAAUUCGGACGUUAAAUAAUGUGCAUACAUGUGUGGGUCGGAUACGGGAAUCAAAGAGUAAGAUGAUGAGGUCUCGUGUGGUGUCCUCUCUCUUUGUGGACAGAAUUCGUGCAAAACCAGAGCUGAAGCCAAUUGAGAUUAUACACGAGUUGAAAGAUUAUUAUGGUAUAGACAUUUCAUACUACCACGCAUGGUUUGGCAAAGAGUUAGCUAAACUGGACGUUCAUGGUGAUGAGUCAAAGUCCUUCAACGAGUUAGUGUGGUAUGUGGAUGCGAGCAAGUACAAGGGGCAACUUCUUUGUGCUUCCGGAAAGAAUGGGAAUCAAGGGUUUUAUCCUCUAGCUUUUGGAGUUGUUGAUUCUGAGACAGAGGAGAAUUGGACUUGGUUUCUUCAACAUUUGGCUGCUAUAUUGCUUCCGAUGGGGAGAAUGGUGACCUUUUUCUCGGAUUGCAAUCAUGGUUUGUUAAAUGCUAUGGGGGCUAUGUUUCCUGGAUGGCCUCAUUCUUACUGCUACUAUCACCUCAAACAGAAUUUGAUAUCGAAGUACCCGAAGUCAGGUUAUGGGAAACUGCUCCAAGACCGUGUUGUCAAUCUCUUUAGUAAAUGUGCAUAUGCUGUUACGGAGGAAGAGUUUAAAGUAGCAAUGGACGAGUUGGUGGUUGUUGGGAGUUCGAAAGUGAAGACAUUUAUAUCUGAAUUGUCUAGAGAUCACUACGCCAAAGCUUUUUUUUCCAAGGAAUGCGUUAUGGAGAGAUGGCAAAUAGUUUAG